CGUGUCCAUGAAGAAAAAGAAUAUAUAUCUCGCCAUUUUCGUUGUACAGCAGAAGCUUCUGGGACUGUUGUUAGCGCAGACACGCUUAUCGCUGCGGCAGACGGCGAUCCUCACGGUGGCCAUAAAACCAAAGAGAAGAAGGGAUCUGGUAAAACUUCCUCUACUAAGUGGUCGCUUUGAUCUCUCCGUUUCUCUGUUUUGAUCUUUUUUGUUUAUAUGUUCACACGCUGAAUUAUUGAAAACUCCAUAUUUCAUAAGAUCUGUUUGAUAACCAUUUCGUUUACAUUUCGCAUUUGUAUUUUGUUUUUUUUUAAAUUGAAAACCGGAAAUUUGGUCGGGAUUCGGAAUCCCCGGCCGAAAAAUCACCAUGGAAGUAGCUGAAGCGAAAGGCGAUGAAGUUCCGAAAAUUCAAUCACUAGUUGCAGAGCUCCCAAAUGAAAUCAUAUGGUUUCGAAUACUCCCAAAGCUACCAGCCAAGUCUCUGAUGCGGUUCAAAUGUGUUUGCAAGGCGUGGCUCGCUCUCAUCACCCGAAACCCUUCUUUUCUCAUUGCCUACCGGAACUUGCAUUCCAAUCGAAACACCAGUCUGCUCCUCCUCGAUCUCAGGCACAUCGACACGAAGCGGCAACACAUUAUGUCCCUCCAAAUCAACAAAGAUGGCAGCCCCUCACCCGCCGGCGCCACCCACCUUCUAACACUAGAGCCCCAAGAAUCCAGUCUCCCCAUUAUACUGUGUACCAACGGCUUGGCUUGUUUUAUCUUCUUUCGUGAGCACCGCAUUCGUGUAUUUAACCCCUGCACCCGAGAGUCUAUGACCCUCCCCUCCAUUUCCAAUUCACCCACCAGCCACCAAUCUACUUCACCGGACAUCAAACCCUGCGGAGUCGAGGUUGGAUAUGGCUUUGGAUUCAGUCCUGUUAGAAACGAGUACAUGGUUGUCCAAGUCAAGCUAUGCAGGUUUUUACACCAAGAGCCUGCCAAUUUUUAUAGGGCGGUUGCAGUUAUUAGCCUCCAAGUUUUCACACUGGGUAGUGCGGAGUCGUGGAGGUGCGUAGAGGUAGAGCACGAUGAUCUGCCAUUUGAUCAUACUUUUUGGCACAUUGACAUGAGAAGUGUGUGCCUUCACGGAGCCAUACAUUGGAUACACGAGGAAGAGAAAUGUAUAGUGGUAUUUGACCUAGGGGAGCAAAGAUUCAAAGUCAUCCCAUUUCCUCGAGAAGUCUGUAGUAUCCGCCAUCAUUUUUGGGCAGUUGUUGAUGUGGGUGGAUGUUUAGCUCUCACAUAUGACAUGGGGAGAAGUUCGACUUCAUGUAGUGCAGCGUCACAGUUGUGGAUUUUGAAGGACUACCAAAAUCAAGUGUGGGUUAAGGAGGUUUUCGACGUUGCAUACCCUUACAGUUGUUUAUGCGCAUUCCACACCGGUGAGGUCUUGAUAAAAUCCGGAGCGCUAUCUCAAGCAUUUCUUCACUUUUACGAUAUGAAGGAUCAAAGCUUCCGGUGCAGUUCAAUUGUUGUGCCUGAAUGGAUGUGUAAGAAGGAUGCUUGUAUUAGAUGGAACGUUCUUUCUUGUUAUGAUGAAACAAUUGCCCCCGUGAAAUGACAACUCGAAAACCUAGCGGAUCGAUCGAGGACUUGAUUCGAUUCGGAGCGCAUCGCUUCCGGUUCACGGUGCAGCACAAGGCUCUGAUUUCUGGACGUUCCUCCCUUUCCCCUGUAUUGUAAAAUUUCCAAGUUGUAAUACGGCAUGUGUGUUGCUAUAUUACUUAUCUUGUUAUUUUAAUUGGAUUUGAUUUUUGAAACCAUCGGUGUCUUAAGAUCUCUUGUGGGAGAAAAUUCCAUGCUAAAACAUAUUUUAGAAAGAGGUAUUUGUCUAUUUGUCCACUAAAUUUGUAUAGUGGGUUCAA